AUGCCCUGUAUGCAGAAGAGUAAGGUCCGUGGUCACAAGAAACAUCACCAGGCCUGGGCUGAGACCCAGGGUCUUCAUGGUCAAGCCACCACAUCUAGGGGAGAAGAGACCACCUCCUCCUCCCCUCCUGAUUUAGAGAGUGCUCCCUCAAGCUCCUCAGCUGCUGGCACCCUGAAGGAGCCUCAGGGAGCCCAAGGCACCACCAGUGCUGCUGCAGGUGCUAUACCCAAAAGAUUUGGUGUCGGUGCUGCAGCACGCUCAAGAUCUGAUGUCAGUGGUGCAGCAUGCUCAAGAGCUGGUGUCGGUGCCGAGGGCCAAGGUCAGGGAGGUGAAAAUUCCUCCCAGGCCUCAGCUGCUGCUGAGAGCUCUCACACAGAUCCUCUGACCAAGAACGUCGAGGUGUUGGUGCAGAAGAUGCUGUAUAAGUAUAAGGUGAGGGAGCUCAUUAAGAGGUCAGAAAUGCUGAAGACUAUCAAUAAAAGGUAUAGGGGCCAGUUCCCUGAGAUCCUCAAGAGAGCCUCUGAGCACAUAGAGAUGGUGGUUGGCCUGGUCCUGAAGGAAGUCAGGCCCAAUGGUCACUCCUAUAUCCUGGUGAGCAACCUAGAUCUCAGCGACAGUGAGUCUAUGAGAGGUGACCAGGGGCUGCCAAAGAAUGGUCUUCUGAUGCCUCUUCUGGGUGUCAUCUACCUGAAUGGCCACCGCCUCUCCGAGGAGAAGAUCUGGAAGAUCCUGAAUUUUCUGGGCAUCUAUGAUGGAAGAAGGCACUUCAUCUUUGGAGAUACCAGGAAGUUCCUCACAGAAGAUCUGGUGUGGGAAGAGUACGUGGAGUACCGCCAGGUGCCCAGCAGUGAUCCCCCUCUCUAUGAGUUCCCGUUGGGUCCGAGAGCACUCAUGGAAUCCAACAAGAAGAAAGUCCUGGAGUUUCUGGCCAAGGUCAAUGAUACGGUCCCUGCUACCUUCCUGGAGCAUUUUGAGGAGUCUUCCAGAGAGGAAGUAGAGAGCACCAGCGAUGACCUUUUGCUCUGCAUAGUGGCCCGCAUUCCAAGCCCUGCUGCUUGA